UAUCUAUCUCUUAUCCAAUUUUUAAUUUUUAUUUGUAGUAAUACAUACAUACAUUUACUCAAAUCAUGAACAUGAACUGAAUAUGCAUAUAUUUUCGUGAUGCUGUUCGGUUACGUUUUUACGGUUCCAUCCACUUAAUUCGGGAUUCAAUUUUUUUUUUUUUUUUUUUUGAAAUAUCAAUAAAUGUAGAAAAAUGGGUCGAGAUUGGAUCUGCAGUUUAUGCUGAUGAUCCUACGAUGCAUUCUCUCUGCUGCGCCUCUUCCGUCAAGAAUCAUUAUUCCGACAUGGCGGCGCCGCCGCCCUCCGAUCAGAUUCUUUACGCCGACGCGGCGUCGCGGAGUUCGUCGGCGAGGGAUUAUUUACGCAACUCCGGGAGUAUCAACCACAGCCGCGACCUCCAAAUCAACGACAUCGUCGGAGAAGGAAUCUCCGGCAUUCUCUACAAAUGGGUGAACUACGGCCGCGGGUGGCGCCGCCGCUGGUUCGUCCUCCACGACGGCGUCCUCAGUUAUUACAAGAUCCAUGGACCCGACAAGAUCAUCCUCUCCCCCGAAAUCGAGCGUGGAUCGCGCGUCAUCGGCGACGAAUCGAUGCGGCGGAUUCGACGCCAGCACAGCUCCAACCACCACCGCAACGGCGGCGCCUCCCCCUGCCGGAAAGCCAUUGGCGAAGUCCAUUUAAAGGUUUCUUCGAUCCGAGAAAGCCGAUCGGACGACAAAAAAUUCUCAAUUUUCACAGGGACGAAGACGCUGCACUUACGCGCAGAGAGCAGAGACGAUCGAAUUAAAUGGAUGGAGGCAUUCCAUGCUGUUAAGGACAUGUUUCCGAGGAUGUCCAACACCGAGCUCAUGGCCCCCGUCGACAACCUCUCCCUCUCCACCGACAAGCUCCGGCGGCGCCUCCACGACGAGGGCGUCAGCGAAGCCGCCAUUAAAGAGUCCGAGAACAUCAUGAAGACAGAAUUCGCUUCUCUGCAAAAUCAGCUCAGGCUCUUGAAGCAGAAGCAUUGGCUCCUCGUCGACACUCUUCGCCAAUUAGAGACAGAAAAAGUCGAUUUAGAGAACACAGUUGUAGACGAAAGCCAGAGGCAGAUGAAGGAGGUCGGGGCGUCGUCGUCGACAAGAUCGAAGCAAGACAAGUCGAGCGAAAGUCCGAGCGAGUCUGAGGACGACAACGAAAGAGCAGACGCCGGCGAGGAAGACACAGAGGACGAAGAUGACACAUUCUUCGACACCCGAGACUUUCUUUCUUCGAACUCUUUUCGAAGCAACGGAUCCGAAUGUAGGACAUCCUCGUUUUCAUCCGACGACAAUGACGACGAGCAUAAAGCUUUCAACUUCGACGACGGGACGCAUACUGACAUCGUAUCUGCCGGAACGAACUUCCCACGAAUCAAGCGCAGGCGAAAACUCCCGGACCCUGUCGAGAAAGAGAGAGGCGUGAGCUUAUGGUCGAUGAUCAAGGACAACAUCGGGAAGGAUCUCACGAAAGUUUGUCUCCCGGUGUACUUCAACGAGCCUCUUUCAUCGUUGCAGAAAUGCUGCGAAGACGUCGAGUACUCAUAUCUUCUAGAUCGCGCAUUCGAAUGGGGGAAGAAUGGAAAUGGCCUUAUGCGGAUAUUGAAUGUAGCUGCAUUUGCGGUGUCGGGAUAUGCGUCGACGGAGGGAAGAACUUGUAAGCCGUUCAAUCCGUUGCUCGGGGAGACUUACGAAGCUGAUUUUCCCGACAAGGGCAUUCGAUUCGUCUCCGAGAAGGUGAGCCAUCAUCCGAUGAUCGUUGCCUGCCACUGCGACGGAAAUGGCUGGAAGUUUUACGGCGACAGCAAUCUGAAGAGCAGGUUUUGGGGUCGAUCGAUCCAGCUCGAUCCGGCGGGGACCUUAACGGUUGAAUUCGACGACGGCGAAGUCUUGCAGUGGAGUAAGGUGACUACGUCGAUAUACAACCUUAUACUCGGCAAACUGUAUUGCGAUCACUACGGAAUGAUGCGAAUACAAGGAAACGAGAGCUAUUCGUGUAAGCUGAAGUUCAAAGAGCAAUCGAUCGUCGACAGGAAUCCUCAUCAGGUUCACGGAGUUGUCCAAGACAAGACCGGGAAGACGGUGGCAACGUUGUUCGGUAAAUGGGACGAGAGCAUGCAUUAUGUCCUCGGAAACUGCUCGAAAGGAAAAGCCCGCGACUCGCCCCAGCGACGUUUGCUCUGGAAGCGUAGCAAGCCCGCUAAGUUCGCGACACGAUACAACUUCACACGGUUUGCGAUCACAUUAAACGAGCUCACCCCGGGGCUUAAGGAAAAGUUACCCCCGACGGACUCAAGGCUGCGGCCGGAUCAAAGAUGUUUGGAAAACGGAGAGCACGACAAGGCUAAUGCUGAGAAGGUGCGGCUCGAGCAGCGACAACGGCAGGCGAGGGCGAUGCAAGAAAAAGGGUGGAAGCCGCGGUGGUUUGCCAAGGACGAGAAGUCGGGGACAUAUUGUUACAUUGGCGGAUAUUGGGAAGCUCGGGAACGCGCCGAAUGGGGGGCUUGUCCAGACAUCUUCGGCCGCCAGGAUGUUUCGGACAAUGCCUGAGCCUGAUUAUCUAGAAUAGAGUGUUAAAUAUAAUAUUGAGAGUUUUCUCUUAUAGGUUAUAAGGGUGAAGGACAAUUCCUUCUAGAUCCCUUUCAUUUUAGGAUGGAUAGAUAGAUAGAUCGAUGGAUGUAUAUGUAUACAACAAAUUGGUUUAGGCUGUCUUUGUAAUUGUUUAGAAAGGGAAUGACAACAAUUUUCAUACAAUAAUUUACGACUUCUUC